AUGUCAGCCCAUGUGGGAGGGACUGUCAGGAUCACCUGCUCUGGAGCUAGCAACAACUGGUAUGGCUGGUUCCAGCAGAAGGUCCCUGGCACUGCCCCUGUCACUGUGAUCUACGAUAAUACCAACAGACCCUCGGGCAUCCCUUCGCGAUUCUCCGGAUCCCAGUCCGGCUCCACGGGCACGUUAACCAUCACUGGGGUCCAAGCCGAGGACGAGGCUGUCUAUUUCUGUGGUAGCUAUGAUGGCAGUGUUGCCCAGGCUUUUGGUUAUGCUAUUGUGGCCUUUGGUUUACCAGGUCUUGUCUUCAAUUCUGUCCUCGUGCCGCAUCUCAUCUGGUGGCCAUACCUCUUCUCUCUUACCUCUCCCUCUCCAGGUUCCCUGGUCCAAGCAGCAGCAGUGACUCAGCCAUCCUCAGUAUCAGCCAAGGUGGGAGACACCAUCAGGAUCACCUGCUCUGGGCAUAAGAGCCACCAUAGCUGGUACCAGCAGAAGGUCCCUGGCACUGGCCCUGUCACUGUGAUCUACUGGAAGGACCAUAGACCUUCAGGCAUUCCUUCACGAUUCUCCAGCUCUGGGGGCACCUCCACGGGCACGUUAACCAUCACUGGGGUCCAAGCCGAGGACGAGGCUGUCUAUUUCUGUGGUAGCAAGGACAGCAGCACACAGAACACCUCGAUCUGCUGCAGGGGCAGCAACAAUGCUUAUGGCUGGUACCAGCAGAAGGUCCCUGGCACUGGCCCUGUCACUGUGAUCUACAACAGUAACAGCAGACCCUCGGGCAUCCCUUCGCGAUUCUCCGGAUCCACAUCCGGCUCCACGAACACGUUAACCAUCACUGGGGUCCAAGCCGAGGACGAGGCUGUCUAUUUCUGUGGUGGUGAGGACAGCAGCAGCAGUGCUUAG